AUGACGGCGGAGCUGCAGGCCGAGGCCGCGGAGGGCGCCGCCGAGAGCCAGGGCACGAAUUGCCAAAUGCUCUUAAACCGCUUGGGAGAAAUCACAGGAAUUCAGGAUCCCUCGUUCCUUCAUGCAGCCCUGAAGGCCGCAAAUGGUGACCUAACAGAUGCAGUCAACUUCCUCACUGAGGAGUGUGUUAAAGAGCCAGGCCAGGAAGCAGUCGCUGUGGAACCAUCUGACUGUGAAGGGAGUGCUGUGGGCAAAGAGCAACCCACCAAUGUGAUUGAUCUAACUCCUGAUAACAAAGAUGACCUCCAGGCAGUUAUUGCUGUCAGCUUCCUGGAGUCUCUGGAAGUUCAAGCAGUGGAAAGAGAUGCUAACAGGGCCCACAAAGCAAAUGCUGCUGAAAACAAAAAUCGCUCCAAAAGGAAACGGUGUGAAGUCUGGGGAGAGAAUCCCAAGCAGAAUGACUGGAGGAGAGUGGAUGACUGGCCUGUUGGCAUGAAGAACAUUGGAAAUACGUGCUGGUUUAGUGCAGUCAUUCAGUCUCUCUUCCAGCUGCCGGAAUUUCGUAGGCUGGUCCUUAGUUAUUCUCUCCCGCAAAGCAUGCUUGAGAAUUGUCGAAGUCGCAGUGAAAAGAGAAAUAUUGCAUUCAUGCAGGAACUUCAGUGUCUCUUUGCUUUAAUGCUGGGGACACAUCGUAAAUUUGUAGACCCCACUGCAUCACUGGAACUUUUAAAAGGCGCAUUUAAAUCAGCUGACGAACAGCAGCAAGAUGUGAGCGAAGUCACGCACAAGCUUCUGGAUUGGCUAGAGGAUGCAUUCCAGCUGUCUGUGAAUGGAAACAGCCCUCGAGACAAAUCAGAAAACCCAAUGGUGCAACUCUUCUAUGGGACUUUCUUGACUGAAGGGGUCCAUGAGGGCAAGACCUUUUCUAAGAUAGAGACCUUUGGCCAGUAUCCCCUUCAGGUAAACGGUUAUCGGAACUUGAACGAAUGUUUGGAAGGGGCCAUGGUAGAAGGGGAGAUUGAGCCACUAUCUUCUGAUCAAUCAGUGAAGUAUGGACAAGAGCGUUGGUUUACAAAGCUCCCUCCGGUGUUAACCUUUGAACUCUCCCGGUUCGAGUUCAAUCAGUCACUAGGGCAGCCAGAGAAGAUUCACAACAAGCUAGAAUUUCCCCAGAUUAUUUAUAUGGACAGGUAUUUGUACAGCAGUAAAGAGAUUAUUCAAAAGAAGAGAGAGGAGACGAGGAAGUUGAGGAAGCAAAUAGCAAUUCUUCAGCAGAAAUUGGAAAGAUACAUGAAAUAUGGCUCUGGCCCAAGCCGCUUCCCAUUACCUGACAUGCUGCAGUAUGUUCUUGAAUUUGCCAGUACAAAGCUACCUUUAGUUGUUCCCUCUGCUCAGGACUCUCAGAUGACUCCUGCACAGUCCCCAGCUGAGAGCUGUGGUCUGAAUGAACCUCUGCAGCAAAAUAGUGUAUUAGAAACAGAAAGUACUGAGAACACUGAAGGUGCAGCAUCCACUCUGAUAAACCCUCCGUCCCAGCAAGAAUUAAUGAGCAAGCUGCCCCAGCCCUCCCGUUUACCCGCAGAAAUGCCUGAAUGCCCAGCUCCUCGUGUGGUCACUGAGGAGGAGAUGAGCCUAGUUAGGACGUGCCUGCAGCGAUGGAGGAGCGAGAUUGAGCAGGACAUCCAAGAUCUGAAGGACUGUAUUACCAGAAUCAAUCAAUCCAUUGGUCAAAUGUAUGGUGACCCUGUCCUCCGUCAGGUUCCUUAUCGCUUGCAUGCUGUCCUGGUUCACGAGGGCCAAGCAAAUGCCGGUCACUACUGGGCCUACAUAUACGACCAGCCCCGGAAGAGCUGGCUCAAAUACAAUGACAUCUCUGUGACAGAAUCAUCUUGGGAAGAACUGGAGAGAGAUUCAUAUGGAGGCCUGAGGAAUGCCAGUGCCUAUUGUCUGAUGUACAUCAAUGAUAAGCUGUCCCACUUUGUUGCAGAUGAUGCUGAUGAUGCAGAAACGGGACAGUUUCAGAAAGAAGUAGAACUUCUGCCACCUGAACUCCAGAAUUACAUACAAGAGGACAACUGGAGGCUUGAACAGGAGGUGGAGGAAUGGGAACAGGAGCAGUCCUGCAAGAUCCCUCAGAUAGAGCCUUCAGCUACUUCUGAAUCUCAGGAUUUCACUUCUGAAUCAGGACAAGACCAAUCCUCAGGCUGUGAACACAGCAUACGCUCGCUGUCCUCCGAACAUGCCAGGAUUGCAAAGGACCAGACUGCCCAGGCCAUUGCAAAUACAGCUGAUGCCUAUGAGAAGAAUGGUGUAGAGGCUGCUCUGUGUGAGCCAAAGGAGGCAGAACCAACGAAGACCCAGCUGAGAGAAACAGCCCUUACAGUUCAGUCAGAACAGCAACAAGAUGCUAAAGGGACAGAGUCUGCUGCCCAGCCUAGCUCACAGGUCUCUGAAGUGGAGAUCCCCAGAGUGGGGAAGAUUCUGGUUAGAUCUGAUGCAGAUGGAUAUAAUGAGGAGGUGAUGCUUAGCCCAGCCAUGCAGGGUGUGAUCCUGGCUAUUGCUAAAGCCCGUCAGACAUUUGACCGGGAUGGGUCUGAAGCAGGGCUUGUUAAGGCAUUCCAUGAAGAGUACUCCAGACUGUAUCUGCUGGCCAAAGAGACCCCAACCCCUCACAAUGACCCCCGGCUGCAACACGUGCUCAUCUACUUCUUGCGGAACAAUGCUCCCAAGCAGGUAGUGGAGCGGACCCUCCUGGAGCAGUUUGCAGAUAGAAACCUCAGCUACGAUGAAAGGUCAAUUAGCAUUAUGCAAGUAGCACGAGCUAAGCUGAAGGAGAUUGGCCCUGAUGAUGUGAAUAUGGAGGAGUAUAAGAAAUGGCAUGAAGACUACAGUUUAUUUCGCAAGGUGUCUGUUUACCUGCUGACAGGGUUGGAACUCUACCAGAAUAGAAAGUACCAGGAAGCACUGACCUACCUGGUGUAUGCCUACCAAAGUAACACCACCCUGCUCAUGAAAGGACCCAACCGAGGGGUGGAUGAAUCACUGAUUGCUUUAUACAGAAGAAAAUGCCUCUUGAAGCUGAAUGACAUGGCAGCGGCUUUGUUUGUAAGCAGUGCGGAGGCAGAUGUGUUGGAGGGCAUUAACAUCCUGAAUGAGCUGAUCAUCCCCUGUAUGCACCUCAUUAUCAAUAAUGACAUCUCCAAGGACGACCUGGAUGCCAUUGAGGUCAUGAGGAACCGCUGGUGCUCUUAUCUGGGACAAGAAGACAUGGAUGCCAACCUGCAAACGAAGCUGGGCGAACUGCUCCCCAGGCUCCUGGACUGCUCUGCAGAGGUCAUCAUUCUAAAAGAGCCCCCGAAGAUCCGGCCCAACUCCCCCUACGACCUCUGCAGCCGCUUCGCAGCCGUGAUGGAGUCCAUUCAUGGGGCCGCACCUGUGACUGUCAAAUAA